UUUCCAAUUAACUUACCGAUACCCAAGUCCGUCCCAAUUCCCAGUCCCAUCCCUAAAAUGUCAUUGUUUGCGAAUUUCAGCCGUACUGAGUUGCGCGAUCGAUAAGUGAAAUUGGACGAUAAACGGGGUUUGUGAGGGCAGAGACUUUGAUGGACUCCUCGGUCCAGUAUUGAACGUGGUGAAAUAUAUUUAAGAAGUGCGAAAAUGGAAACGGCCGGUGCUUACGGUGGUGGAAAGGCUGGAGGCGCCUUUGAUCCCCAGGCUUUCGUCCAGCGCCCCGCAGUUAUUGUCAGAGCAGUUUGCUGGCUGUUCAGCGUGAUUGUGAUGGGCUGCAUAUCAGCCAAGGGCUGGUACAUCAGCAAGAAGGACGGCAAGGAGUACUGCGUGUACAAUGACGACACCAACGCCUGCAACUACGGCGUCGGCAUUUCCGUCAUCGCCUUCGUCGCCUCCGUCGGCUUCAUCGCCGGCGAGUAUCUCUUCGACCAGAUGUCGUCGGUCAAAACGAGGAAGCAUUAUGUGCUGGCUGAUAUGGGAUUCUCUGCGUUCUGGGCAUUCCUGUACUUCGUGGGCUUCUGCUACCUGUCGAACGCGUGGGGCAAGACUGAGGUGCCGCCGGUCGGAACCGCCAAUAACAUGCAAGGCGCCAUUGCCUUCUGUUUCUUCUCUAUAUUCGCCUGGGUGGCGUGCGCGUUCUUCGCAUUCCAGCGGUUCCGUGUGGGAGCGGAUGCGGCGUUUGCGCCGGCUUAUGAGGUGGAGGGUGGCGUGGGCAGCCCCGGAUCCUUCCCCGCCUACCCCGGCGGGCCCGACCCGCAGCCCGCCUACAGCGACCCUCCUUUCUCGCAGCAGCACACCGCCGGAAACAUCGAUUACACUGCACCGACGUAUUAAGUUGUUUUGGAGUUGAAUCGCGUUAUCACGUUCCAUUGUUUUAUAUGCAAACAAGUUGUAAUUAAUACUUUGUUAAACUGUGCCACCAGGCAUAAAUACCUAACAAGAAAUAAAUAUAUGACAGUGUUAAAAAUCGGUCUUAUAAGUUAGAUGUUCUAAAUUAAAAGAUAAUCCAACUACAGUCCAGAGAUAAGAGCAAGUUAGAGUAAACUGUAUUUUCAUUCAAAUUAUCGAAAUCAUAGGCAGAGAGAAGCCAGCUAAAUAUUAAGGCGUAUCUUCGGACGAACACUGCAUUAUUAAAAACAAUUAAAACAUAACUCAACAAAAUUAACCAAUGCACUGUAUUCGUUAAUUUUGAGUAAAACUAAAGUAUGAUGGAAAUUAGUUACAAAAUUUAUAAAGUAACAAAACAUUAAAGUAUUAAUUAUAACUUGGAAGUUUCAAUAAAAUCAUUGUUUUAAUUAAAUUUUAUUUAGUACGUAUGUACUUUAAAGUACCAAAGUAUAUUUUUUUAAUUUAUUUUUAGAAAUACAGUCCAAUAUUUUAUAGGUUGUAAUUUAUUUCGUGGUUUUACGCUUGUACCACCACAUUUAUUUAGCUAAAUCUUAAUAAAGAAAAAACAUAAAGAAAAUUCAUAAAAUAAUAAUUUCAAUACAAAUCGAUAAUUUGUUUAAUCAUAAUAUUCGAGUUGUAAGUAACAUUUAAAUUCGAAUAUUAUCUUGUUAAAUUAAUCGAUUAUGGCCUAAAACUAUUCGUUAUUUGGAAUUGUUUCAAUUGCUUGAUUCGUGGUGAUGUUAUUUAUUUUGUGAUUGUCUCGAAUGAUUAUUUAUUUAUUUUAAAUAAAUUUGUUAUGUUUUAUAUAUUAUUUUAAAUAAUAUCUUAAUAAUUAUAAUUACAUAGGACAUGUAUUGCUUCACGGUACCUGCUUUUAGGUAUGUACGACAAUAUCAACUGUAAUGUAAAAUAUUAAUCAAUAUAUUAUUAUUAUGUAAAUAUGUAUUACCAGUAUCGUAUUCGUCAGAGUUUGUGGACUAUUUCAUUUUAUAUAAUAUACAGCGAAACCUGCUUGUAAUUAUGAGAUUAUACGUGUGUAUACUACAUAAUUUGUUGGUAAUAUUAAUUAUUUAAUACAUUGUUUCAUUAUGAUUCAUCAUAUCAGCCGAUGGACGUCCACUGCAGGACAUAGGCCUUUUGUAGGGACUUCCAAACAUCACGAUACUGAGCCACCUGGAUCCAGCGAAUCCCUGCGACUCGCUUGAUGUCGUCAGUCCACCUGGUGGGGGGUCGGCCAACACUGCGCUUACUAGUGCGGGUUCGCCAUUCCAGCACUUUGGAACCCCAACGUCCAUCGGCUCUUCGAACUAUGUGCCCCGCCCAUUGCCACUUCAGCUUCGCAACUCGUUGAGCUAUGUCGGUGACUUUGGUUCUUCUGCGGAUCUCUUCAUUUCUGAUUCGAUCACGCAGAGAUACUCCUAACAUAGCUCCUUCAUGUCAUUAUGAUUAAUCAAAAACAAUUACUGUGCUUUGCAGUAAUAUGCGCAUCUAAUACGGUAGUGUAUUGUUGUAUACUGCUUUUUGUAUUGCGUUAUUUCAAUAUACCAAUAACUCCCACUUUCUUUUGUACUUAACUUCUUGACUACUUCAUAAUUAAGAAGUAAAUGAAGGUAUUUAAUAGUACUUUAUUAUCUUUACGACAUCCCCUAAACACUAUUAUAUAAAGUCUAGACCUGUAUAAAUAUUUCAAAGAAAUCGUCCACAAUCUCUCAGUCUAUAAAUAUAUAAUUAUUUUUAAUUUUUUAGUGAUUGUGAUUGUGAUAAUAUUUUUUUCUCUUCAAUCGUUACCAAUUUCAUACUUGUGCCAUGUUACUAAGUGUCAUUCGUGCUAUAUGCAUAUUAUUUGAAAUCCUAGAUAUUUAAUAAUAAUAAUUAUUAUUAUUAAUAGUAGAUUAUGAAACAGUUGCUUUUUUAAAACUCUGAAUGUAAUUCGAAAGAAAAAGGUUUAAUAAAGACGAGACAUUUUUAAAACCGAAUUUAUAGUAUGUUUUACUUUUAGUUUACUUCAUGUAAAAUACUGAUACUAAAUAAAGUUAACAACCAAAGUUCAACAAAAUAAUCUAAACGCAUUUACAAUGUCGCCAUUUACAAUUAAAAACAACUAAUUCGAAAAUAUCUUUGAUCAUUUAAUUUUUUUGGAUCAUAUAUUUCUUUUUUUUUUUUUAUUUCAUAUAUUUAAUUUUUUUUUUUGAGAGCCGUGAUAGCCCAGUGGAUAUGACCUCUGCCUCCGAUUCCGGAGGGUGUGGGUUCGAAUCCGGUCCGGGACAUGCACCUCCAACUUUUCAGUUAUGUGCAUUUUAAGAAAUUAAAUAUCACGUGUCUCAAACGGUGAAGGAAAACAUCGUGAGGAAACCUGCAUACCAGAGAAUUAUCUUAAUUCUCUGCGUGUGUGAAGUCUGCCAAUCCGCAUUGGGCCAGCGUGGUGGACUAUUGGCCUAAAUUCUGAGAGGAGACUCGAGCUCAGCAGUGAGCCGAACAUGGGUUGAUGAUGACAAUUUAAUUUUUUAAGUAGAGAAUGAAACGUUACAUAAUUUGGUUUGAAACCUCUCAUGGAAUAUGUAUUAUAAAUCUGAUUUCAUUUAAAAUAAAAAUUACGCUCAAAGUUUUAAAAUCCCCCACUAUUCCUACUAUUUAUUUAUACCGUUAAUAUUUAUACAGAAACCGUUUAAAAAUCUACUAUUGUAAUAUUUUGAUUUACAUAGAAUAAUUAUGUACAGUGUGUACUGUAUGUUUGAGACAUUAUUUUUUAGUCAAUAUUUAAUUUGUUUUUAGCAGGUGUACCUACUAAUAUGAAAAGUAUUAAUUUUGUUAAUGCAAUGCGCAUUUGCAAUUUUUUUUUUAAUUAUCACUGCGUUUACGCUCGAACGUUUUCUAACCUACAAUUCUUGUUGUUUUAGAAUAUUUUUAAUUGGACUAAAAAUUUAAAUAAUACUAUAUAUGUAUGUUUUUCUUUUGAAUGUUAUUAUUAUUUAUUUCUAUUAUUUUAUGUCCUAUUAAUAAUUAUGAUCACUUACGUAAAAGCUACGUAUUAUAUAGGAUAAAUACUUUUUACAAUACAAUAUAAAAAUAUAUUAUAGUAAUUCAUGCAUAUUUUGGCAAAUAAAUGUAAAUUUACAUUAAACACUAUUAAUUGAAAACACAUUAUUAAAAUUAUAUACAUGUAUUUAAAAAUAUAUAAGGUAUCUGCAUAUCCAUAUAUAUUAUGUUUCAUCAUUUACGAUAAUAAGUCAGAAAAUGUUCUAAAACAAAUAUAUUGAAUAUGUAAACUAGGUAAGGUAUAUGUGCAAUGGAUUUAACACUUAGAUAUAUUGGCUGUUAAUGAGAAGCUUUGCUGUGUUACUGUGUAGGUGGAAUAUUCAAAAUGUUACUUAAAAUAUACAUAUAUAAUGGGAUAUUUGAUUAUUCAAGUGUAAGAAAAGAGUAGUCUGAGACGGAUAUGACGUCACUCGAUUUUCUCGUGAUGCCUCGUAACGACGCUAGGUGGCGCGAGUUGUUUCCGUGAAGAGAUAAGUGGGGGCGCUCGGGUGGGAGUCACUGGUGUUACAAGUCGUUCGGUCACUCGGUGUUUCAUCAGUAUUGCGAUGGCGGUCGAUCCGUCAACAUCUCUUGUGGAGUAAUCCUUCUCGGGUUACUCUGAAAUAGUCAGAGAGAAUCUCUUUCUUAAUCAUUUAACUCUGCUUAAUUUUGGUUACAUUUUGAUUUGGUGAUUAAUUUGUUCUGCUAAGAAUUGUGAUAAAACCUAAAUCGUGAAUUGUUGACACCUUUGUUCCACAUUGGUGUUCUUAUUUCCAAAUCUACACUCAUGAGUUUGCUAAAUCAAAACUAUUAUAUAUCUAAAAGGCCAGUGAAAGCUGUUUUGAAAUAGUUGAUGGACCUGGCACCUACAAUAGCCUGACUGGCUAGCAAUCAAAUAUCUCACUAUCUAUAAAUUUUCAACAUUUAUAUGAGCUAUUCAGUAUUAUUAUAUUUUAUAAUUUAGAUUAAUAUAUUAUGCUAAAUAAAUAAUAAUAUUUUUUCAAAGAUCUUGAAAUUUUCUUUUUGUAGUAAGUAUAAUAUCAUUUUUUUAGAAAAAUGUAUCCAAAGUAUUUCGUAAUCACUAAUAUGACAUAUUUGCUUUCAAAAAAAAUAAUAUUUAAAGAAAAAUCUUACUUUAGAGUAAGGUAUUAAUAAGUACAAACUAUAAAAUUUAUAGUUCGAAACCAAACAAUAUUAUAUUUUAAUGCAAUGAUAUCUAAGAAUAUAUAAAAGGAAUUAUCUUUCGAAAAAAAUAGGCCCUAAAGUAUUUUCUACCAUUGUGAAUAGUUGUAAAUCAAUCUGGCUUGAUUUCACUAAACAAUUAUCAAUAAAAAACAAUUAUUGAUAAAACUUAACUAGAGCGAUAAGUUAAGUGGAAAAGCUUGUAUCAUAUUUUUAUAAUUAUGCUCCUUUCAAAUAAAUACAUAGAUAACUUGUUAUCGUUUGUGAUUCGCUGAGUGUAAAUGUACCUUUAUGUGGUUAAUCUUGAUAGUAAUGUGGAACUUAACUAACAAUUUCAGUAAUUUAAUACGAUUAAUUUUCAGCAUUUUAAUUCAAUUAUUUGUAUUCAAUUAUAUCAUUCAGUGUUCUUUAUUCAAAGUGUUACUAAACGUCUGUAUAACGCAGUCUAGCACUAAAAUUAAUAUCCGGCUGCUCAGAGAUUGCGUUUUUGAUAGGUCGUGAUCGAAUGAGAUCGACUAAUUUAUAAUAAUAAAUUUUUUGUCUCAUCACUACAAAGACGACCUUGUACGCCAGUUCGAAAUUACAUCGCCCGAUCACGGCCUGUUUUAAACGCAAUCUCUGAGCGGCCGGAUAUUAGAUAAAAAUGUUAUGUGUACUAGAUUUGAUUAAAAAAUUAUACCCAAAUGCAUAUGAUCUCUAAAGUAAAUAAAUACAACCGCUGAAAAUCUUUAAUUGCAUGCAAUUACUCGUACUACUGUCACGAUUAACCUAAAUCGUAGAUAUUAUUACAGAUAUUUUAGAUGUAGAUAUUAUAACAGUAUAUUAGAUCUGUUCUGAUAAUAAUUGUAUUGUACUAAUCAAUAAUAAUAAAAAAAGAAAAUACACAAAAAAUUGUAAUAAGUGUUGAAUAUUAUGCUAAAAUCCAAUACGGUGUUUGAUGACAAAUGUUGUUGUGCAUAGUGGUAAUCAUGUUUUUAGGUUGUUGACGGAAAAGUAAUCAUAUUAUGUACUUAUUUCAUUAGUGAAUUACUAUGAACAUUUUAUAUUUGUCUGCGUAUAGUUAAAACGUUCUGAGUUUCGCGUUAUAUGACAGUGACUUAACCUACGUAGAAUGUUUUUUGGGCGCACGCUUAGAUCUUUGUUUUAGACGUCAAGACCGAGUCCGCUGCGGUGGCGAGCACAGUGCAAAAGACUGCCAGAAGACCGCUCGAAGAGCCAGCGACUAGUGCCAACUGAGUUGGGGCGACUUUAUACUCGGCCCAAGCUCAGUUAGCACAAGUCGCUGGAUUCCGAAAGAGAGCAAGAAACAAGAAGGCCGGUACCGGUAAGACUCAAAUUUCUGGACGCCGGCAAACGAGCCCACACCGCGGGGUCACCCAGCGCCCAGUCUGUCCCAACGAGAAACAACUAAGAAAAGCAGAAAAAUACCGAGAAGCGGUUGUUAGAUCAAUACAUCCCCGAGGACGGAGUGAGCAAGUGUCUCUACGAUUGAUUAAAAUAUAAAUACUACGACAAACACAAGAUAACGGAAAGUUUAAAAAUACCUAAAUGCGAAAGCUUCUUGAAGAAAAGCCAUUUUAGAAGCACGUUUGGAAACUCUUCGAAAGCAAAAGGAUAAGAUAGAUGUUAAACUUGAGAUAGCUGGAAAGAAAUAGGUAUUAACGCAAAUUAAAGAGGACUCAAGUUAAAGCAACAACAAAGACACAGCUAUCGAAAAUAUUAAUAGAUAAUAAUUAUGUAAAACAGUUCAUACAUUUAGUUUACACUUAUAUCCAUGACUAUUAACCACACGCUGUCAUGAUUUUCCCAACUACGGCGUUGCACACCCAGUCAACUACUCGCCCUAUACCGUCUUCGAAAAGGAAAAAAGCAACAGCAAGUGCCAGCUGAGUUGGGGCGACUUUAUACUCGGUCCAAGCUCAGUUGGCACAAGUCGCUGGAUUUCGAAAGAAAGCAAGAAACAAGAAGGCCGGUAGGUACUGUGGCAUCCACCGUGAAACACCGCUCAGCACCUCGAGAAGAUCUUUCCAAACACCUUUCGUAACGAGACUCAUUCUAAACUCAGUAGUCAUUUUUGAAGUGAAAACUAUAGAGUCUUCACUCGGAAUUUUUUUUUUUGGGAAGCACAGAUUAAGUGAGAUUGUGGAUGGUACGAUGUCGUGUAAAACCCGAAAGGGGUGUGGAUUUUCUUCUUAUUCCUAACAAGUUAGCCCGCUUCCAUAUUGCAUCAUACAAGUUGGACAUACAUACAAGUUGAGCACCCUGAUGGACUUACCAUCAGGGUGAUAUUGUAGUCAAGGGAUAACUUGUAAAUAAUGAAAAAAAGAUCUUUAUGAGUUAUGAUUUUGCGCGUGUUUUUGAAUACGAGUUUCAGUAGUAGGGGCACUUGUGUAGAAUGAAAAACAUUUGCUAUUGUGGGCACAUUCUAACUUUUUAUUACAUGAUUAGUCAUUACAUGAUUGGACAAAGUAAUUCACUACUGAAUGAUGAAAUCCUUUUUUUUAUAUUCACAAAUGUAUAUUUCAAUUUUCAAUAAAAUAAUGAUUUAGAUUUGAUGAUUAACUCAUUUAUUCUGGAUGGAAACUUUUUAUUUAACAGUAUUUGUAAACAAUAUAAAUAGAAAGUUGUAUUUGUUUAGCCAUAUAAUUUCGUUUUAAUAAUGAAAAAAAAACUUGAAUAAAUUAGUUAAAUCAUCAAAAGCGGUACCUAUAAUGACUUUUGACACUAACCGUGUUUAUUAGGUAAUAAUAAUUAUUUUUCGGGGAUUGUCAAGCGUUUAAGCUCGAAAUAUAUUUUUUUUAUUGUAAUAAUUCAAGAAUAAGAUAAUUGUACCAAUAAUUAUGUAUUUUUUGAUGUAUGAUGACACAAAAUCUGGUUAAUUUCCAAUCUAAAACUAUGAUUUAAACAAUUUUUACAUGCAACGCAACGGUAUCCGAAAAAAUAAUUAUAAUUCUAUUUAAUAAACUUAUAAAUACUUGUUCAUUGUGUUAUCAUGUAAAAGGAAAUGGUAAUGAUAAUAAAUAAAUUGGAAUGAUAGAUA